AUGGCUGUUGAAGACAUGGCACUGACCGCACGCACCCAACUCAUCACUGCCGACGCCAGGGUGGCAGAGGCGCUAUACGUGGGGAAAUCAGUGAAGAACCUGGAAAAUGAAGAGCUGGAUAAUUAUCCCAUAUGUAAAGAGUCCAGGUGGAAAAAUCUGAAUGAUGGUGCUGAGAAGGGAGCUGCGGAUGUUGUUUCUAAUGCAAGCUGCAAAGAAUUUAUGUCUGAGAAGACAUCAACAGAAAUGAGAUGGCAUAAGGAAGGAUUGGUGAACGAUGGAAAAGUACGGCACCCUACUGACUCGAAGGCGUGGAAGUGCAUCAACAGCAAGUAUGAUUGGUUUGCAUCAGAUGCUCAUAAUAAACAACCUUACUGGAUUAUGUCAAUGCUGAUACCUGGUCCUAGAUCUCCUGGAAUGAAUAUUGAUGUAUAUUUGAGGCCCCUUAUUGAAGAGUUGAAGGAGCUUUGGGAGAAGGGUGUCGAAACAUGGGAUGCGAAGGUUAAGAAGAAUUUCAAAUUACAUGCUAUUCUACUUUGGACAAUUAAUGAUUUUCCUGCAUAUGAGAUGCUUUCUGGCUGGAGCAGAAAAGGAAAAUUUGCAUGUCCAUAUUGCCACAAGGAUACAAACUAUUUGUGGUUGAAAUUUGGGUCCAAGCACUGCUACAUGGGACAUCGACAUUUUUUGCCCUUGGAUCAUCCUUUGCGUAAGAACCAGAUCAUCUUCAAUAGCCAGGUCGAACUUAGGGAGGCACCAGUACCGCUGACUGGUGAACAGGUAUUGAAGCAGCAUAAUUUGGACGUCAUGCACAUUGAGAAAAACAUAUGUGAGAGUAUAUUGGGUACUCUACUUCAAAUUGAAGGUAAAUGUAAGGACAGCGAAAAGGCUCAGCUUGACAUGGAGCAUCUAGGUAUAAGACAAGAUCUGCUUCCUAUUAUUAAGAAUGAUAAGUAUACCUUGCCACCAGCAUUGUACUCCUUAGAUAAGGAUGAUAAGAAAAUUCUAUGCCAGUUUCUGCAAGGAGUGAAGAUGCCUGAUGGUGUUGCCUCCAAUAUAAGGAGAUGUGUUGACAUUUUGCCAGAAGAAGUUGUCAUCGGAUUGAUUCAGCUUAGUAGGUUCUUCAAUGCAAAGGAGUUGGUGGAAGUAGAUAUGGACAAACUUAGUAUUUCAAUUAGGGAGACUCUUUGUUGGUUUGAGAUGGUAUUCCCACCUUCAUUCUUUGAUAUCAUGGUGCAUUUGCCUAUUCAUCUAGCUGAAGAGGCUAAAGUUGGAGGGCCAGUGUGUUAUAGAUGGAUGUAUCCAGUGGAGAGGUACCUACGUACUGCAAAAGGAUAUGUGAGGAACAAGGCGUAG